GCUUUAUUACGCAAAUCACACGACGAAUACACUACACCGACACGUUUCGAUUCGAAGUACGCGAAGUAUAUAGAAGUGCGACGGUGCCGUGCACAGAACACGGCAAUUACCUAUCGGAAAACUUUUAUUUAUCGCAAAUAUAAUUAUUUAGUGCACAAUGGCUGGACAAGUCCCUCAGAACGGGCGAAGAACUGCUGACGAGUUACCGAUUCCAUUGGUAAUGAAGGGAAAACUGCGCGCUCAAUUCCCAAUCCCCGACUCGCCGACCCCAUCGCAAGCAUCGACUGUAUCCUCAACUCGAGGGUAUCACUACACGAACGGCGGGUAUGAUCAUCACAACGAGUCGUUCCCAGGAGUGGGGCAUGAUUAUGAGGACAUUUCGCACCUACAAGUGCCGCCGACCGGGUCCAGAAAGCAUGCUAACCCGGUAUACGAAUCGACCAAAUCGCCAGUUCAUAUGGCGGUGAAAAGAAUUAGACAAGAUACAGAGAGAUCUGACGCGUCUACGCUUUCAUCCGAUAGCUGGAACCCCUACCCCAAGGAUUCUAAGCGUAACACCAUUCUACUAGCUUUUAUUGGCUUGCUAUCGCUGAUAGCUUGCGCCGGAGUGGCUUUAAUGGCGGCUGGCGUCUUUCCUUCGAGCUGUACAUGUUCUUCAGUCUCUAGAGGUGUCAACUCCCCGAUGUCUUCGAUGUCAAUCGAACCUUUGAUCGCGAGGAUACAACUAUUAGAACGCAACCUGACAAAACUGGGGUCGGUUACCAACAACAAGGCGUCUCAUAAAGCAGAAGAAAAGAUUCGACAACUCGAGAUCAAAUUAAAGGCGAUGGAGAUGAGACUGAAGCAAACUUCCGAAAAUGUAAUGACAAACUUAACAAAAGUGCGAAAGACUGUAUCCGAUGAAGUGGAAGAACUGCGAGAAAAACAAACUCAAGUGAACUCUGUAUUGACGUCACUAACGGCUAACGACAAGAGCCAAUCACAAAACAUCGGCAAUCUAAAGACUCAGAGCGAGGCCAUUGCUGUCGAUGUGCAGUUCCUUAGAGAGAACCAAACCACUUUGGAGUUGAAGCUUCAAACAGUGGCUGACGAAGAUUUGAGAAUUUCCUCAGAAGUGAAGGCUCUUGGAGGAAAGAAUGCAGGACUAGCGGCUAAGGUUUCUGAGUUAAAGGUGGCAGAAAGUAAUCUUACGAAGGCUGUACAGAGUCUGAAGGACACGGAUGCGACUUUGAAAAACGUGCUGGACAUAAUGAACACGACACUCUCUAGAAAGUUGAGCGACCUCGCUAGCAAGCCGCCACCAACAGGCGUGAUGCCCACACCGGGGAGUGGGCCUGGCACAAGUUUUGACCAGUGUGUGUUCAAGACAGAUUUAUCUAAGGGCAGUAGUGGGGACACCUUUGAAAUGAGCGCGUUUAUUAAAGAGGAAACGAACAAGGUAGUUAUUGGCGCUUCGUGUUCCAUGGAUGGUCCUGACGAAAACAUCCUUAUCAGGGAUAUUGGGCCUGACGGGAAAUUGACGUAUCAGUGCAAGUGCAGAGGCGAGUCUUCCAGUGCCAAACAGCGAGGCCUGCAAAGGUCAGCCUGCUACAUCACUGGAUGGGUCUGUCCCCGUUCCUGAUGGAGUAAAAGUGUUUAACAGUAACGGAUACUAGGAACUCUUGUACACAUGUACCUUCCCGGCUAUAUUAGUAGUUUUAGUAAAAACUACGGCAACGAAGACGGGACGAUAAAAACAAUGGAAAACCAGCACUUUGGAAUGUGUUCCCUGUCUGGUAUAUUUUAGCCUUUUCCCCCAAACUAUAAACGUAGAAACACCAUGUUUUAGGUUUCUUUUAUCAUUUUUUUUAGUAUAAACACUAGUUAUCUUUAUAGAAUUUAGUUAAGAGUUGCGCAUUUUCUCGGUCGCGUCUUCCGAUCCGUUGUCCCUCUUUGCGGAUACGUUACUGUUCUACUUAUCCUCUCGGACCCAGGACACCACGGUCGUUACAAAGAGCGAGUCUCCUGUUUCUUCUGCGUCGCCGUCACUGUCUUGUACAUACUGUAUGAAUAUUUCUAGUAUAGUUGGGGAAUGAAUCGAGGUUAUUAGUAUUAUGAAUUUCGAACCGUGCACAUCAUUUUUAUUAUAUAUAUUUUUUGGCUGUUAAUAUAACGCUUUCAAUGCUGUAUAUAUAUUGAUCACGGUGAAAUGUAAGUUUUGAUUGAAUGAAAUUACGAUAUAUUUUAGCGUAUAUUGUAGUAAGUAUUUUUAAUUAUACAAGUAAGGUAUAAGUGCCUACACGAUUGGCAGUCCUAGGCUUUAAUUAAGUUUUAUUAUACAAAUUUUCAAUGGAUUUUCCAUUCACGUAAAUAUGCGUGUAUCCUCUUUGAGGAAAAUAUACCAAAAAAAAAGGUAAUAUUUUAGGAUAUUUAGUAGAUGGAGCUACAUCUUUGUUUGAUUGGCUUGUGUUAUUUAAAAUGCUGGACGUGUUGCUACUAAGCGGGUUUUUAAUAUGCUAUUUAAAAUUGCUAAUAAUUCUAUUUUAAAUUCAAUGACAAAAUAUAUAAUAUAAUGGUGAGAGAGUGAAAUGAUUAUAUAUAGCUAGUAGCCUGUGUUAUGUACAAUGCUGGACGUGAUGCUACUAAGCGGGUUUUUAAUAUGCUAUUUAAAAUUGCUAAUAAUUCUAUUUUAAAUACAAUGACAAAAUAUAUAAUAUAAUGGUAAGAGAGUGAAAUGAUUAUAUAUAGCUAGUAGCCUGUGUUAUGUACAAUGCUGGACGUGAUGCUACUAAGCGGGUUUUUAAUAUGCUAUUUAAAAUUUUGAAUAAGGCUUAAGCUACGGGCAAUGUUAGUGAAUGGAUUGAUUGUAUUUUUUAAAUAGUGCUAGAUUCCUUUUAUGACACUUACAAAUGUUUCCAAUUGAGAGAAAUAGGGUAAAAACAAGCUGUAAAACAUUUUUAAGCACAUCUUUAUAAAGGAGACCCAGUUAACUGGUAUCCAGCUGUGAUAGAAUAGAGAUUGAUAUCUGAGCACGGGCACUACCUGCUGGCCAGAUGUACUGUGGGCGCACGAAAUGCACUUAACUUUAAAAAAGGACAUUUUUAGACUUUGAUGGUUAAUAGAAUAAUGUUAGUUAAAAACGACACUGUCCUUUGUAAAAUGUGUGUAGUAAUAAAGUGUAGAUAUACCAUG